CGGAUCCAUGGCACUCAUUUUCUGCCUCCGUUUUUGAUUUCACUUUUUUGUUUAUUAACACAAUUUGAUUAAUUAAUUAUUUUUCACCUCAUUAACUUGUCCUGUUAAUUAUUAAUUGUUCAUCUACAAUUUCCUUUGAACCUCUUGUUUUAUUUUAUUCUAAGUGUUACCUACCUUUUUCUUACCUUUAUCUUUCUAAGUGAUCAUCUCUUUCAUCAUGAAUACUAAAAAGAAAAAAGCUCAAGAGAUUGGUAUUCGAUUGCGAACUUUGCUUAAAUUACCUAAAGCACACAAAUGGGUUUGCUAUGAAUGUUUUUAUGGUAACAUUGAUCAACCUCUUUUCCUUGGUAAAAAUGAUUUUCAAAUUUGUCUAGAGGAAACGUUUCCCCACUUAAAGACUCGUUCUCUUAAACGAGCAGAAUGGGGUAAAAUCCGUCGUAUGAUGGGUAAACCUAGACGAUGUUCAGAAUCUUUUUUCGCUGAGGAAAGAAAUGCUCUUAAUAUGAAAAGGAAAAAAAUUCGUAUCCUUCAAUCACAAAAAGUUGUCGAUAUUGAACAAUUUCGUGAUCUACCUGAAAAUAUCCCGUUAAGUUUGGUAAUAGGAGCAAAGGUAACAGCCAUUUUAAGGAAACCUCAAGAAGGACUUUUUAUGGGAACAAUUGAUGCAGUUGACAUGACCAAUGGAAUGUACAGAAUAACAUUUGAUCGACAUGGUAUUGGUACUCAUUCAGUUCCAGAUUAUGAGGUUAUUAGUAAUGAUCCUCCAACUCACAUUGCCCUAUCAUCAUUCCAAUCUAAAGUGCGGCCACGAUUACCUAUGUUUGCAUCAUCUAGAUUUUUACAAAUUUUGGGCAAUCAAGUUGCUCAAGCUCUAAAUGAUCGGGAUCCACUCUUAAGUAGCCCCAUAUCUCCAAGUCAAAUCAAACAAGAGCCACAUUAUUCAUCUAAUGCCAACAACUACGAAGACGAAGGAACUCUUGGUGGCUUUCCAAUUAAAUUUCUCGCUCUCUUAGUUAGAUUAACAAAAAUAUUGAACAUCAAGAAGAGGACAAUUUUUGAAUUGAAAGCUAUGAACACCGAGGCGGAAAAGAUGAGAUCCCUUCAGGAGCCAAUAACUCGCGGUUUUAAAAAGCAAUAUGCAUCUCUAAUAUUAACAUUAGAAAAGCUAAACAAUUCUCUUGACGAGCAUCUGAAAGCAGUUCAAUCAUUUACAGCUGAACUUUUUAGAUCUCAAAAUUUACCUUCAGUAGCUGAGCCUAAUAGCACCAAGGAGAAACAUCUUCGCCUCGCCAAGGAAAUAAUGACCAAAACUUUACCUUCUGUUGAUGUGAAAUCUGAAUCAUCUGUGAAUCUCAUCACUGAACUUUUAGGUUUAAUGUUACAACUUAAAAGUUUUGCUGAGAUAGAAGUUGGUUCACAAGAGUUACAAUCUCUUGAAAACAGUUUAAAAGAUUGUAAAAAGCUGAUCAGUCCAAGUAAUCAAAGCCAUUUCGAUAGCCAAGUGCAAGUGCCUAUUGUCUUCAUCCAGUCAUCAUUAAGCCAUCUCGGAAAUCUUGGUGCUUUUGCAGAAUCAGCUAUUAUAUGCAACAAUAACAAUAAUCUUGUAUCCUAACAAAAUUACAUGUUGUAAACAGAAUGGCAACAAUCAACAACAAUCAACAUACCAAUAUACACUGACAUAUACACAACCAUAAACACACACAUACAUACAAACAUCUUCAAAGCGAAAAAAACAAAAGAUACAAAUUGUCAACACCAUCAAAAACAACAAUCACACUUACACAUAUAAACAUUACACCAAUCAGCAAGAAAAGAAGAAACAAAAAAAAAGUUAAUUAAAUCAAAUCUAAUUCUCAAGAGAA